AUGUCCAUAUCAAUUUUAUGGGAAAAUGCGAUAAGAAAUUCCGGAAGUCAAGUAUCCUUCCAUAUGCAACACAUAACGCGUAACGCGAGCUAUGGAGUUGACGACCAACUGUCUCUCUCCGAUAAGUACGAGGCUGGUUCACAUACCUACGCAGAACAUUUAAAAAAUGUCUCUGAAAGGAUUACACACUAUCAGAACUAUUUUAAAGAAUUCGUUAAAUACACAGCAAGAGCGAAUCAAAGCAGUAAGAGCAUGCAAAAAGCGCUUGAGCUCACGAUGGGAAUACCACAACGGGUUCAUGAUCUCGUAUAUACCAAUAAUAUUCAACACUAUCCUGGUGAUACGGGCAAACUUGGACGACUCAUCAGACACUUGGGGAGUGAACGUAGGCUACGGGCUACCCACAUCGCACCAUAUCCCUUUGUAUAUGCCCUAAUAAGCGAACUAACCGCUUGCCGGCUUAUUGCUGCAGGCGCUGCAACAAAACAACAGCGCCUCGGCAGCAACACGCAGGCGAGCAACAAAUUGUUUGUCGCCUCUCCGAAAAAGGUCGCGACGCGUCAUAGAAAAGUCCGCAGCCGACACUAUUGGGUAAUUUUUGUUGAGUAG